AACUUGGAGCAGUAAGUUGUUCCCCUCUCAGUUGACCUAUUAACCCCUUGUAUAGAAUUGUUAAGGUGGUCCUAAAUUCCCCACCCUUCUAUUCCCUCCUGCCUCCUCCACACACACCCUGUUCCUGCCUGCCCUUUUUUUUCCAGUGCUUCUGUUAUGUUUUGGGAUAGACUUUGGUCUUUGCUUCAGACUGACACCACAAGACCAGAGGGAAAGCUCAGGGCUGGAAACAGGGGGUCCACGCGAGGAGAGAUCACACGGAAAGAAGAGGCUCACUUUACUAGCAGGGUGGGGAUAACUGAGAUAACUCUGAUCAGAAAAGUCUGCGUUCCCUGUUCUGCUGUCUGCACACCCUAACUGAGAAAAUGUUUAGCUGGAUGAAGAAGAACGAGAAGCACAAGAAGACCCCGCAAGUCAUCCACACGGUGACUGAGGGUCUGAAGGACCUGUAUAAGAAGAAGCUGAAGCCGGUGGAAGAUUACUAUAAAUUCCAUGAUUUCCAUUCUCCAGCACUGGAGGAUGCCGACUUUGACAACAAGCCAAUGGUCCUGGUGAUGGGCCAGUACUCCACCGGGAAGACCACCUUUAUAAAGUAUCUCCUGGAGCAAGACAUCCCUGGCAGUCGCAUUGGACCGGAGCCCACCACCGACUCAUUUAUCGCUGUUAUGCAUGGGGAGACUGAGGGGGUCAUCCCAGGGAACGCACUCAUGGUAGACCCCAAUAAACCCUUCCGCAAGCUCAACCCUUUUGGGAACACUUUUCUGAACAGGUUCAUGUGUGCCCAGCUGCCCAACAAAGUCCUGGAAAGCAUCAGCCUAAUAGACACUCCUGGCAUCCUAUCUGGGGCUAAGCAGAGAGUGAGCAGAGGGUAUGACUUUCCGAACGUUCUACAAUGGUUUGCCGAGCGAGUGGAUCGUAUCAUCCUUCUAUUUGAUGCCCACAAGCUGGAGAUUUCCGAUGAGUUCUCAGAGGCCAUUCGAGCCCUUAAAGGCAAUGAGGACAAGAUACGUGUGGUCCUGAACAAGGCCGACAUGGUGGAGACCCAGCAGCUGAUGCGUGUGUAUGGUGCUCUUAUGUGGUCGCUGGGCAAAGUGUUCAAUACCCCAGAAGUGCUACGGGUUUACAUAGGCUCCUUCUGGGCUGAGCCUCUAAUGAUUUCCAGCAACAGGCACUUGUUUGAGCUAGAAGAACAGGACUUGUUUCAAGACAUCCAGAACCUGCCCAGAAACUCCGCAGUGCGCAAACUCAAUGACCUGGUGAAAAGGGCUCGGCUAGUUAGGGUCCAUGCUCACAUCAUAAGCUACUUGAAGAAGGAGAUGCCGGCCGUCUUCCGCAAAGGAAACAAGAAGAAGCAGCUGAUUAAUGAGUUACCUGUUAUUUAUGCCAAGAUACAGCUAGAACAUCACAUCUCGCCCGGAGACUUCCCUGACUGCGCCAAAAUGCAGGAACAGCUGAUGAUUCAUGACUUCACCAAGUUCCAUUCCUUCAAGCUAAAUAUGAUAGAUGUUUUAGAUGAGAUGCUGACAGUUGACAUUGCUAAACUGAUGCCUCUGCUAAAGCAGGAAGACCAGGAGACCACCGACAAUGUGGUACAAGGAGGAGCUUUUAACGGGACUCACAAUGGGCCCUUUGUUGAAGGAUCCAUUGAUGGAAUGUAUGAUGGUGUUGAUGAAGACGACUGGGUGGUCACAAAAGACAAACCUAAAUAUGAUGAGAUCUUCUUCAACUUAGCCCCCACUGAUGGCAAACUAACUGGCACUAAGGCAAAGAACUGGAUGAUAACUACUAAGUUGCCAAACUCUGUAUUGGGCAAGAUAUGGAAGCUUUCUGAUGUUGAUCGUGAUGGUAUGCUGGAUGAUGAAGAGUUUGCCUUGGCAAGUCAUUUGAUUGAGGUCAAACUGGAAGGGCAUGGGCUGCCUCCUGAGUUGCCUAGACAACUCGUUCCACCAUCCAAGAGGCGACAAAAAGGAUCUGCCGAAUAAAUCCACCAAUUCACACUCUCAUGCUCAUUAUUUGCCCAUCAACCUUUCCUUUGUUGACAGUGUUAACCCCAACCACUUGUACAUUAACAAACAGAAUGUCCUCCAACAAGACAUGUUGACAGGAACAUUGUUCUUCAGAUGUUACUAAGAUAACCAAAUAGUUUCAAACGCACGUGUCUUCUUGAAUACUCAAAGGAUCUUUUCUCUGUUCAAUUUCACCAGUACUGAGCACUACAAAUGGGUGUCAAGAACUGAAAAUGGUUGAAGAAAGGUCAUGUCAACGAAAAACCCUCCCACCAAAGUCCUACUAAUCACCACAUAUCUACAAGAUACAUGAAGAAUCUACGAAGAACCCAGGAUCAUACAAAGCCUUCUCCACCACUAGCCAUCCAGUGACUGGCGUUGAAAUCCUGGACUGUACAAUGUAACUGUUCUUACAGUACACUACCCAUAUUCUGGUUCUGAGCUGUGAUAUCCAAAUUGUUCCAUAAUCCACGCUAGAAAGUUAUGUUUAUAUAUUCUGCUUUUCUCACUGAAUGAAAGUUGAGCAUCAGGCCACUUUUUUGCAUUAAAGCUUUAAUAUAUAGAUAUGUGUUUAAUUUUGUAUACAUCAUUAAAUAAUGUCACAGAGAAUCUGUGACCAUGGAAAGAAUAUAAGUAGUUAACGUAUGCUUGUGUAAUACAACGGUUAAGAGUGAGCAGAUCUGGGAGAUGAAUCCAUGCAGUCCUCACCAUAUAUACUAGUCCCUACCUUGUACUGAUGUAUACCAGGAUUAUGGACUUUAGAACCUUUGAAUCAUAUUUCCUAAAGCAUUGCUGUGAAGUUGUAAACUUUGAAAGUGCUCCCAGGUCUCUUCUAAUGACUUUCAAACCUUGUCUUUAAAUCAGAAUCUAAAAUGCACCCUUGACUACUAUGUAAUACUGGUGCAUAGGAAGCAAAUAAACCAACUAUUUGAUCUUAAUAUGCAGUAUAUAAAUGCUAUGUAUUACUGAGCUAAACAACAUAUCUUAAAUAAAUGAAGUGUAUAUACUUAAUUAAGCCUGUCCAGAAUACAACGUGUCCAUUUAUUUAACAGACAUUACUAUAGUAUACAGGAGUGCAGAUGCCAGAAUUUGACGCUUGCAGUACCCUAGGUAACACUGUUUUUUUACACAGACGUCAUGGGCAAUGAUGUCAUAGCCAGAAUGAAGGGAAGUAACUGACAUAUUGUGCUUUGCUGUUUAAGAUGUUUUACCCUCUGUCAGUCGCUCUAACACGUUCUUUAACCCUGUUGUAUGGGUGUUUUCAAGCUUCUCCUGGAGUAUUAGCAAAUACCUUAUUCUUAUACUUUUAUAUAAAUCUGCAGCAGUGUAUGACUGAGUAGUGUUUUGGUUAAGUUGCUCUUUAAAACAUAUAUAAAAACUUUGUAUACCGAAAAUAAAGCCUGAGAUAAACUAUACUUUUACCCCAUACAUUUCUUUCACAUAUGGGCUGGUGUACCCCCAAUAAGCUUUGAUUACACGGUUUGACAAGUAUAUUUCUUGUGUAAGGAUAACAUGUAGGCAGGUAUUGUUCCGCAUAAUAGGGUAGUGACCAGAUGUGUAACAGAGGACACAAUAUAGAUUAAAGUCAUUUUUUUGCUUUGUGUUAUAUCUGAUGAAUAAAAAAAUCACACUGAUAUGUAUGAGCAAAUAAAUUCUGACAAUCUUAGAUAUAUACCCUACUUCAUAGUCAUACUCUAUGACACAAUGAUGGUUAAUUGCAGUUGGCUACGGGGUUGGUUCCUUAGAUCUACAGGAAAAAGGCCUACAGUCAAUAGGUGACCCCAAAUGGAAAAGGUUGUCAGGGUCAUAAGGUUGACAGGUGAAAGGUAGACAGUAGAAAAGGUCAACAGGUUCAAAAUGUCAUAGGGGUCAAAUGGUCGGCACAAGGUGGAGUUUUUUCUUUUUUUUUUCCUACUGAAAAUACAUUAUUGUAUAAUGGCCACUCGCGACUUCUUCGGGCAAGGUUACUAUUCCCAAUCUUAGUCCACGUGGAUGGUAAAGUAAGAAAAAGUUGAAAAAAGUGAAUAAAAAUAAUGUAAAAAAAACUUGACGACCAUAACUUUUGAACCUGUGGACCUGUUGCACUGUUUACCUUUUACAUGCCGACCUUUUGUACCUGACAACUGAAUGCAUGUCGACCAUUCGGAGUCGACCUAUUGAGAGUCAACCUUUUUACUGUCGACUUAUCAUCCGGAUAGCGUUGGGUACAUGAUUACUAGUAAAGUGGUGUCUUACACAGUAAAAUGAUAAUGGUCUCAUAAAUUUAUAUGGCUGUUUAAACUUGUACACUGGUUACCUAAUGGCAAAAGGCAAGUACCUGUGAUAGCGCCUGUGAAUGCAGCGGCGACCAGUGGUUGCAGUUAUGGUCACAUUAGGAGUGAGUAUGGUAACAGUUAGUUAUUCUGCAGUAUUUACAGACUGACACUUCUUAAUAAUAUACUGUAGCCUGUGCUUUUACCGAUGUGGCAUGCAGCAGAUGAAUCCAGGACUGAUUUAUCAUUCUGGACAUGGAAUUGGCAUUGAAUCCUGAGGCCUAACAAUCAAUCACAGAUUUGAUGAUCGGUCAGUCUGUCUGUUAUUGAUUACUAAAACAACGUAAUGGGUCACUACUCACUAGAUAGAAAGUUAUGCUACAAAGGGUUAUACACAUAACAGCAACGGAACAAGAAAACAUUGGUCAUGUUAGUAAGGGGUUUAUUCAUGAAGCAGUGAAAAGAGCAGAGAAGUGAGCCUGUGGAGAAGUUGCCCAAUUAGAUGCUCCGUACAAUUGUAGAGUAUGCAAAUUGUAAAUGUUACUUCAAUGCUGAUUGGUUGCCAUGGGCAACUUCUCCACUGGCUCACUUCUUCACACUUUUCACUGCUUCAUAAAUAGACCCCAAAGUGCUUGGGGCUCCAUGAUGGUAGCCAGUCUAUAGAUCUACACUAAAAAGGCCUACAGUCAAUAGGUCGACCACUAAUGGCAAUUCCAUUCCCUGUCAACCUUUUCUACUGUCUACCUUUUGACCCUGUCACCCUAAUGUAUGUCAACCAUUAGUGGUCGAGCUAUUGACUGUAGACCUUUCUUAGUGUCUAUUCACCGCCGCUCUGCAGCGGGUGAGAGGGUCUCCCAACUGACACUGCGAGCUGCGGGUGGGACAGCGGGACAGUCCCUGAAAAACGUGACUGUCACGACAAAAUCGGGACAGUUGGGAUGUAUGCAGUUGUUCAGCAGCUUGAGAGCCGCUCAUUGCCUGCAGUUUCCAUACAGUACCUGCUGUAUUUACUAUUAAACUAUCAUUUGUGGGCACUGAAAGUGGACACAAAAAGUUGACCGAUUUUUUAAUGAUCAAUGUGUAAUCCUCUUCCUUUAGAAGAGUUCUGGCCUGUCACCAAGGUGACUCAGCCUGUGAAAUAUGCGUGGCUGACCUAGCAGAGCAGCAACUGUACAUCACAUUGCACACCAUCUGUACCAAACUCUCCUGUAUAUGCCAAAACCUCUUGUUCCCCAGAAAUAUGUUACUGCGCAGGCAAAUGCUUUCUAUAUCUAUUAUAUAUGUAUUUGAUACUGCUGGACUGCGCAGGCAAAGGCGUCUAUAUCUAUCAUAUAUGUAUUUGAUACUGCUGGACUCGUUCCAGAGCAGCUAAUGCCCGGAAAUCUGUUUCUGCACUGUGUAUUGUCAUCAUUGUCUUGCAAUAAACUGAAUUGUGUUCCCACAUA